UUCGACAGAGAGAGUUAGUCUGAAGCCAGAGGUACCCUAGGGCAGGUUACUUGUGGCUGCCUGCACGCCCGCAGUCGCGCCUAACCAGCCUCACUCGGAGACGCGCCCUCGUUCCGCGUCGCCGUCGAAAAAGUAAACGAUCCACCUUGGGGAGGGGGACAGAUUACAUACGUAAGUAGACAAGGACGUAGUUAGCUCGUUAGCUACACAGUUGCAAGUACAAAUAUGUCACGGUCAGAUGACGCUGAGCGAUAGUUCCGGGCCUGUCCUUGGCCCCUUGGUUCGACCAUCAUAGGCAAACCCGGAUUGAUUGGCGUUUCCAUCCUGAACUUGGUUCUGGGAAUGAUACGGGAAGAUAUUCCGACCAUGAUUUUAGAACAGUCUCAGAUAUUUUUGUUUCAUUCUAAACCAUAGAAAUGAUGAAGCCUAUUUUCAUUCUCAAUCUCAGAGACAGUAUCACCAUCAUCAUCACCACCACCACGAAGGUUCCCGUAAAAUCCCGGCACGCGAGUGGGGCAUCACUGGGUGGACCUCAUAGAAACCCCACCAGACACGGGGUGGUGCUUUGGCUCUCACUGCCUGCGGAUCAUCUGGGCGCAUUCAACUCAUUCUUACGUACUCCAUUCUCACCGCUUUCAUCUGCCAGGAGCUCGGCCUGCAGGAAUAAAGCGGUGAGCCGGGGCGCUUACGCUUUUGAGAAGGUCGGAAAAGGAUGGACAGCAGAAAGGUCAAAUCCAGACACUCGGCCUGCUCUCACACGUCCAGCCGCCCGAAUUUCGACGGCCUCGGUUUGGAGGUCGAACCCUGGCAAAUUCGAUUCGUUCACUAUCACUUCUGAGGUGCUUGAUCCACUUUCCGAGCCAUGCAGCGGUCCGACCCAGUCAACGCCUCAGCUUGUCCUGUAUCUCAUGGAAGGAUGUUACGAGCUUGCAGGUCCAGGAACGACGCGAGAUACUCAUGACGACCUACCAGUUGGUCGAAAGGGUGUCAACAACUUGGGAACAAGUCGCUUGGGGUUUCAUCUAUCAGGCAAUAUCGAGCACCUGCGCUCGCUUUUCUCCGGCGGGAGCGUGUCCUCCAUACCUUUGGUGAUUCGCUACCCGUUCUAUUUCCUCCUUUGCACCAAAGAUGCAGUCGAUCAGCUUCGUCGCGAAGGUCAGGCGCGUCCAACUCCACCAGGUACCGUUGCAGGAAAUCAGGAACCUCUUCCCCGAAACCCCGGCCCUUACACUAGCAAGCGUCGGCAGCCAUCCCAGGCUAGGAAGUGGAAGAGAAAAAGUCUACUUAUCUCGGCUGGCGCUCAUCGUCCCGACAACUUUGGGACUUUGGCGGUUUGCAUCGACCCUGGUCGGCGGCGCCCGAUGUCAACCAUCACCGUCUUGGUGCCGUUGGGGAUUGAUCUUGAUCCCCGUGGAAGGAUUCCUUGA